CGCGGAGGGAACUCCGCCGCUAAAGAGAGCCGGCGACCCGCGCGCAGACGCACUCGCUCGACGGCCGUCAGCGACGAAGAGAGAGACACACACGCGCCGACGACCUCAGCCAUGGACAAGCAAGCAGAGGCGCAGGCGGACUCGCUGUCCACCGUCACCGUGAAGGAGUACCCGCCGUCCGAGGGCUUCGGCUCCGAGGCGCCGCCGGCGUACCAGAAGCUGCGGUCCAGCUCGGUGCAGAUCGCGCGCCUGGCAGCCAUCACCAUCGUCGUGUCCAGCUUCGUCCUGGGGUCCUUCAUCCUGGCCGCCGCCUGGAUCGAGGCUAACGCGUCCUGCCGCGUGCAGGACUUCUACGACCAGCCCGAGCACUACCUGCAGCCGCAGGCCCUCACACAGGACGCGGCCGACCUGAGCGAGCAGCCGUCCAACCACGUGGACGAGCCGCUGUCCACGGAGGAGAGCAGCGCCGAGAACCAGAACCAGAACCAGAACCAGAACCAGAACCAGCAAGAGGAGGAGGACCAGCCGUCGCCGUCGCAGUCCACGGACGACCUCCCCGCCGACGAGCACACGCCCGUGCGAGUCCGACUGCCGCUGCAGCUCGACUUCGACGACAUCGCCGGGAUGCUGGUGCAGAAGAACCAGCGGUCGCGCAUGAACUGCGUGGUGGAGAAGAAGCGCGCGGAGGAGAUAGUGGACCACCAGCCGCGCACCUUGAAGCUGCCCUUCGGCGUGAACCUGACCACCGACCCGCGCUACGAGCACGUGUCGGGCGAGCGCAUGGCCAUCUCGUGCGAGAGCGGCGACGACCAGGGGCACGCGCCCAUGGACGCCGCGUUGCGCGGUCCGGGGCCGGUGGUCAUCCCUCUUCCGGGGCCGGUGCACCUGCCCUUGCAGUUCCACGGCGCCAUGCUGCAGCAGCAGCAGCUGCUGCAGAGGCUGCGCGCGCAGCAGCACCAGCUGCAACAGCUGCAGGUGCUGGAGCAGCUGAGGGCGCAGCAGGCGGCGCACGCGCCGAUCCACGCGCAGCACGUGCAGCACGUGCCGAUGCCCAUGGUGGUGCCCGUGCAGAUGCAGGCGUCCAUGCACGUGGUCGAGCAGCAGCAGCAUGAGCGCCAGAAGGUGCAGUUCCCCGGGCCGCAGCAGCAGGCGAGGCAGCUGCCGCCGCACGUGCUGCAGCAGCUGCAGAUGCAGGAGGCUAGGAGGCGCGGCGCGCGCAUCUUCCCCGGCAUCGAGGUGGUGGAGCUGCGCGAGGAGGUGUCCGCCCCUUUCCCCCCUCCCCCGGCCACCCACCACCCACACCAGCAGCAGCAGAUGCAGCACCAGCAGCAGCAGAUGCAGCAGCAGCAGCAGGUGCCGGUGGAGGUGAUGGAGGUGGUGCGCGAGGGACGAGGCUUCCAGCAGCAGCCGCCGGAGGGCGCGCGCGACUUCCACCGCCUGCCCAUGCACGUGCCGGUGCCCAUGGUGCACCAGCAGCCUCCUCCCCCCCAGCCCGCCGAGGAGCCCCGCCCGCACUACGUUCAGCCGAGGUCCGUCAGGAGCGUGGACGACGUGCUCCACCGCAGAGAGAAGCGCAUGCGCCGUUGCGCUUGCGACUGCGCUUGCUGAGCGCGUGACGUCAUUCUCUGGCUGAGCGCCCACUACUCCUCCUCUUCCCCCUCCUCCUCCCCCUCCUCCCUCUCCUCCUCCCCCUCCUCCUCCCCCUCCUCCUCAUCCUCCUCCCCUCUCCUCUUCAUCCUCCUCCCCUCUCCUCUUCAUCCUCCUCCCCCCUCCUCUUCAUCCUCCUCCCCCCUCCUCCUCUUCCUCCUUCCACCUAACAACAAGCAUAGACCGUUAAGACGUCGUUUGAAACACCACACACUCCGCGGGCUUCCAAACAGCCUACCGGCCUGGCAUCGACGUUCUCCUGUAGUCAGCUUCGACAAUGUAAAUAGUUAGUAGAUUGGUAUGAUCUAAGUUCGUAUAUACAUCACCAUCACUAUCCUUAUCUAGUGUUUAUUUUUUUUAUUAAAUAACUUUUACUACUGCACUCGUUUGAUAUACUUGUUACGUGUUUGCUACUGAAAUUUGUGGAAAAUAAAUGAGUUUUAUUUUUAUAUGCGUGCUCUGAAAAGCAUUUAAAAUGUUUUGAAAUGUUUUAGGAUUAAGUGCUGAACCAAGCAAACCUGUAAGCAUGUGCUCUGCGCUGUGAAACUGACACAAUCGUCGUAAUGUAACAGCUUGCUUGUAAAAUAAAUAAUUUUUUUUUAAA